AUAUGGGCCUGUUCCCCAAUCCAGGGAUAUGUGUUUCAUAGUGAGACAACUUGAUCCGAAUAUUAUGGCCCAUCCCAUUUUGUGGGAAAGCUUGAUCGAAAAGCAAUUUGGGGGAGACCCGUUUAGGUGAAAUUAAUUGAAAGAAAAUUACUUUCUUGAGUUGUAGAUCCACAAAAUAUGUCAUGCCUAGAGUCCUAAAUAGUACACAAGUUGAUUAGUUGAGUUUUUUCUCUCUGACUCCGGAGAGUUCCCUCUGUCUUCUCACUUAACUCUGGUGGUGAAAUUUCAUCUUCUCACUUGUUUGGAUCGUGUUUUCUUCGUCACAGAUCAUCUCCUGAUUCUGUUUCACUCCAUCCUCUUUUCACUCUGUUCCCCUGCCUCCCCUGUCCCGUGGUUUUCUUUCUGUGGUUCCUCUCCCUUGUCACCGCCCUCUGCUCCCGCCUCUGUCUGUUGGCUGUCCCCGAAGUUUCAUUUUUGUUGAUGUUUGCCUCUUAUCGGAGGUCCUGCACCAACAAUGGAACAUGAGAUAGCAAAAAAGCUAUCGAGUAUUGAAUUAACUGAAGAAGAAGAAGAAACGACCAUAAGUUUCGAAGAGACUAUUGCUACUGAAGGAGUCGAAGAAGCCAUUAGAGAACUGGGCCUUGCUGGAAAAGUCAUUAAGGGCUCGCUACCAUAUGCUCGUAUCCUCAAGAGGAUUCUUAGUGAAGCCUAAACUGAGGAAAGAUUUCUAUCUACAAGUUACAAAAGACGAGGUUUUGAGUAUUCAACUCUACAACUAUGAUGAAGAUAAGAACAAAGUCCUCUAUGGAGGACUGGCAUUUAGAGCGUCAGCUUCUGAUCUUCAAGAAAGUACCUCCUGAUAUGGAUUUGACAAAACUGGAUUUUUCAUGGGCUGAUUUCUGGGUUCGCAUUAGGAAGUUCCCUCUGAAUAUGAGAAACGUCCAAAUGGCGGAGAAAGUCGGAGCUAUGUUUGGAAGCUUUAUCCGUUGGGAUGAGCUGCACUCCGGAGUCGUAGUGACUAUUUACGUAUCAGAGUGUCUGUGAGUGUGCAGAAACCUCUAUGAAGGAUUGUCAAAAUGCAAAGUAAAGACGGCCCGGUGUCAUACAGAGUAGGUUAUGAGAGGUUACCUAUUUUCUGUUUCAAGUGCGGAUUGCUUGGUCAUCUCAAGAAGUCUUGCCCCCUAUUGCUGGAAGGAGAAGCUGAUAAGGAAGAUCCUUAUGGUCCCUGGCUGAGAGCUGAGCCCCCCCCUGAAAAAGAUGUCUCUGAAAGAAAAAGACAAGCCUCAUCAGCUAGUAAAAUUGUGGAAGGAAGUUCAGGCAGAGGAAAGAUCAAAUCGGAAGAAGACUUUGGAGGUAAAGCAGUUGGAACAGCAAGCAGAGAAAGACGAACAAGUUGAAAAGCAAGCUGAGAUUCUCACUAAAGAACUACUGGUUAUCAAGUUUAAUGAUUCUACGGUGGAAAAGGCUGUUGAGAAAAAGCAAGGGGAUGAGAGUAAGGUUGGCCACCAGAGCCCAACUGGAAAGCAGAAUUCUGAUUAGAUAGGUGAGGGUGAGGGUACCUCUGAAGCAGCGGCUGCAAAAGACAAAACACAUAGCAAUGAAAGCGUGAUUAUCAGUGGACAAACAAGCAACGGACGAAAUAACAAAGGAGGGAAAAAAUGGAUUCGAGUGGAUAGAAAGGCCCCUGAUUCUCAAAAGCAGAAGCAAGACAAAAUAGACAUGGGUAAACGAAGAACUCCGGAUGAUAUGGAUAUAGAUGAGGCCCCUUUGGGCGAUAAACGUUCUAAAUCCCU